UUUGGCUCAGCUUUCCUCUCCAGUGCUUCCGAGCUUCCGAGCUCUUGGAGAAGGACUGGAGCCAGCGACUAAGCUAUGGAUCAGGACUUCCCAGAGCUGCCAAACAAAGGCGGGAAAGACUCCGGCAGGGAAGCAGCCAAGGGAGCGUGGGGCGCCGGAAAAGGUGGCAAAGAACUGGGAAAGGGCUCUGUUGGGAAGGAAGGUCGCAAAGACAUGGGCAAGAGUCCCACGGGCAAGGAAGGUGGCAAAGACAUGGGUGGCAAAGACAUGGGCAAGGGCCCCAUGGGCAAGGAAGGCGGCAAAGACAUGGGCAAGGGCCCCAUGGGCAAGGAAGGCGGCAAAGAGAUGGGCAAGGAGGGUGGCAAAGACAUGGGCAAGGGUUUCAUGGGCAAGGAAGGCGGCAAAGAGAUGGGCAAGGGUUUCAUGGGCAAGGAAGGCGGCAAAGAGAUGGGCAAGGAGGGUGGCAAAGACAUGGGCAAGGGCCUCAUGGGCAAGGAAGGCGCCAAAGAGAUGGGCAAGGAGGGUGGCAAAGACAUGGGCAAGGGCCCCAUGGGCAAGGAAGGCGGCAAAGAGAUGGGCAAGGAGGGUGGCAAAGACAUGGGCAAGGGCCCCAUGGGCAAGGAAGGCGGGAAAGAGAUGGGCAAGGAGGGCGGCAAAGACAUGGGCAAGGGCCCCAUGGGCAAGGAAGGCGGCAAAGAGAUGGGCAAGGAGGGCGGCAAAGACAUGGGCAAGGGCCCCAUGGGCAAGGAAGGCGGCAAAGAGAUGGGCAAGGAGGGCGGCAAAGACAUGGGCAAGGGUUUCAUGGGCAAGGAAGGCGGCAAAGACACGGGUAAGGGACCUAUGGGCAAAGAAGGGGUUGCCAAGGGUGGGAACCCAUGGGGCAAAAGCAUUCCUCAGGCAUCCGCGCCCUCAGCACCCCCUGCAUUCGCCGCGCCCAUGCCUGCGCCGGCACCCUCGGCCUCUCCACCCGCAUCUGCGCCCUCAGCUCCGGCGCGCUUCGGCGCGGAUGACUACGAGGCGGCUGAGAAGGCAGAUGCAGCUGCAUAUGCAGCAGAGCAGAAGGACGAGUUGCAGCUGGAGAUGCCGCGGCUUAGCCUCGGCAGGAAUGGCGCUCCCAUGAAGCUCGUUGCCAACCAUUUCCACCUCUCCGUGAAACCCGGCUCUCAGACCGUUUGGCGGUGUUGGCGCGUGGAUUUCGCCCGAGUGGAGUCCACUCCUCCCAAGGAGUCCCUCACAAAGGGUAGAGCACCCAAGGCAAAGGGAGACGACGACAGGGAGCUCCCCAAGGCCAUCCGAAUGCAGGCUGUGGCUGUCUUUAUGAGCCAUGUGCCCGCGACGGACUGGCUGCACGAUGGAAACAACUUGCUCUACACUCGGAAGUCAGUAACAAGCGUGAGCGACGCGCGCAAAGAGCUGGAGGUGCCUGCGUCCAGUGGCAAGAAAGCUUUCAAAGUGGCGAUACAGGUGAGGUUUGAGGACCGAGAGAUUGACCUCGCCUGGCUUGCAAAGCCAAAGGACCAGGAGAAGGGUGCAGAGGAGGCUUCGGAGGCGAUGUCCGAGCACCGCCGCUUCGUGCAGGUGGCCAUCCGAACCCUUGCGCUGGAGAAGGAGGCGCUCAUCGCUCAGGGCCGCAAGGUGGUUUGCCCCGACAAGAGGCUCAUUUGCGAUGCCUUCCCGCUCAAGUACGGACGCGAGAUGUGGUUUGGCUACAUCGGGCAAGUGGAGGUGGUGAAUGGUGGCAUGUCUUCGUCAGGAAUUGCUCCGCCGCGAACGACCCUCAGUCUAAACUUGGUGGCCUCCAUCGGAAUUCCGCAGAUGUCUGUCAUCGACCUGCUUGGCAAACUGGGGGCCAAGUAUCAGGGUGACUGGAGGAGUGAGCAGGAUUGCGCCAGGGAUGUGGUGAACCGCUACUGGGACAGAAGCUACGGCUAUCUUAGAGACGCUCUCCGUGGAGACAUGGGCCUCAGGAAGUUGAAAGCGAUGGCAGAAUACGGUCAGGUGAAAGUGAGUGGCAAGAAGAUUGACGGCAUCACAGACAAGCCGGCGAACCGGGUGGAGUUUGAUUGUGCGGAGAUGGGCGACAGGAAGGUGAAUGUGGUGGACUACUUCUGGCACAAGCACAACAUCAGGGUGCAGUAUCCUGAGCUGCCGUGCAUCCAGCUUGGGAACCCGCGGAAUUGUAUCCCCAUGGAGUUCGUUUAUGUCAUGGGAGGCGAGCACAAUUUGGCCGUUGGCAGACUCCGACCAGAGUUCCAGCAAGAGGUCACGCGACGAACGGCGAUGCCGCCGACCCAGCGCCGUGACUAUAUCGUCAGUGCUCUCAACAAUAAGGAACUAGGCCCCAGCGCAGCUCUGAAGCAGAAGGGCGUAGAUGUGGACAUGCAGAUGCUGUCCCUGACUGGCCGGCACCUGGAGGCGCCACGACUCAAGGAUGGCGCGUCCGAAUAUCUCAGCGUCAACUACUCAAACACCUUCAAGAGUGUGGCGCCGCCCAAGUUCCAAGUUAGCUGGGGAAUGUGGUGCUUUACGCACGGACGGACCUCACAGAGAGACAUCGACUGGCUGGCAGAGGAGUUUGUGAAUAAGACAAAGUCGAAGAACCUGAACUUCGGCCAGCCCAAGUUUGUCGAGUGGCCUGAGAAGGCCUUUGCUGCAUACUACGAGGGCAUCAAGCGCCGUGAGAGCUUCUAUCCCAAGCUGGGUGAAGCGCUGCGUGCAGAUUUGAAACAGCUGCAAGCUAAGCACAAGGACCUGAAACUCAUGGUUGUUCUCUUGGAGGACAGUGAGGCAAUCACAGACCACCUGUACAAGCUCAUGAAGCUCAUCACCGAAACGGAGAUCGGCGCAUUUGUGACGCAGUUCAUCAACUGCAAGAAGGGCAUAUCUGAUGCAGAGAAGAAAUUCAACAACAUUAUGCUCAAAGUCACCCCAAAAGUGCCGCUGACUAUGACCGCUUCUCGCUCCGCCUACAAUGUGACCUUGGUGCAGCCGCACGGGCUGCUGAAGCCACAGGAGGACACCAUGAUCAUGGGUGCCGAUGUGACCCACGCUGUGGCCGGCAUCAGCGUAGCAGGUGUGGUGGCCAGCACGGACUCGAACUAUGCCUCCUAUUUCCACGAGAUCCGCGGCCAGUCCCCCUUCACGCUGAACACACUGAAGCAGCGAAAGCGCCAGAGCGAGGAGCGCAUUGUUGACCUGGCCGGUAUGACAAAGUGCCUUUUGACCUGCUGGAAGCAGUGCAACGGGAAGCUGCCGAAGACCAUCAUCUACUACCGUGAUGGCGUCUCGGACGGCCAAUUCGUGAAGGUCCUGACGCGGGAGCUGAACCUGCUGGACCAGGGCUUCAAGCUCAUGGAGCCGGGCUACAGCCCUCAGCUUGUCAUCAUCGUGGGACAGAAGCGGCACCAGACGCGCUUGUGGAUGGAUGGUGCGGCUGGCGGCUCCAAGGGCAAGGGCAAGGACGACAAGGGCAAAGGGAAGGGCAAGGGCAAGGACCCGGCCCAGGUGCCGCCCGGCACCGUCGCCAGCGAUGGCAUCGCGCAGCCCAGUCACAUGAACUUCUUCCUCGUGUCGCAGCAAGGUAUCCAGGGCACUUCAGUGCCUUGCCACUACCACGUAUUGCACAUGGACAAGAGGUUAGUUGCAAGAAAAGUCACGGUGGAUGACUUCGAAACUAUCACUUACCAGCUCUGCCACAUGUACUCCCGAGCUGACAAGUCUGUUGGCUACGCCACGCCGGCGUACAUGGCGGAUCAUGCUUGUGAGCGUGGCAAGCACUACCUGGAGGCGCAUUUCGGACCCAGCAGUGACCUCCAGUCAACGUUGGGCUCGUCUUCCAGUGAGGAGCGGGCAAUGGAGGCUUUGAAGGAGCAGAUUGAAGAGAGGACAGCUUGGCUGAACAACUUGGUGACGCGUGCCAGUGCCAGGGCCAGGCUCAAUGGCCUGCAGCUGUACUGCUGACAAGCGGUGUCGUGCGCGAUGCACGCGCUGCUUUCUUCAAGCGAUCGCUCAAAAUUUCUCAAUCUGUUCAGACAUUCAAACGAUUUCUGCGCGCUGCGGGCGCGAGAAAUCUAAUAGCGCCUCGCCCUCUCUCGGCCAGAGCCAAGCCAUUCUACUUCGAUGCGCGAUGUCCCUUCUCAGAUCUUCAGUCAAGUUGUGCACGGAGUGGCUCUGGCUGUUUGCUGCCUUGCUGCCAAAGAUUAUGCAGCAGGAAGCGAAAUGAGCUGGUUCGAUGGCUCGUGUUUUUUGCGAUGAGUCGCAGAUAAUUUCUUCCAAGUCGUUUCCGGCUUGGUCACUUUGUGAGGCAAUGUAUGCCAAAGCCUGGAUCAGUUUUCUGACAGACCACUCUAUCAAGCCUCACAGCCUCGUGGCCUCGCGGCCUUGCGGCCUCACAGCCCGUGGCCUCGUGGCCUCACAGCCUCCCAGCCUGAUAGCAUUGCUUAGCAGCGCUCGUGUACAGAAGAUCUUGGGAAGGA